AUGUUUUCUCUUCUCUGUCUCUUUUUAGGUGUACUUUCUCUGCCUGCAUACUUCAGUCCUUACAACGAUGGCUCCAUGUGCAGUAAUGGAAGAGCUGAUGCUUACGCCCAGCUAGAACUUAGAACUUUAGAACAGUCUCUCCUGGCAACUUGUGUUGGAAGCAUCUCCGAACUGAGUGAGUUCCACCCACAUAUGAUUGCUUGUUUUCAAAAAAUAUGGGACCCUUCCAUAUUGAACUUAGAGGAAAUCUUGAUGUUGGUUUUGCUAUUCUUUUGCUUGGGCCCAUGUUGUGCAAGCUUUUGGUGUUUUGGGAUAUUACUCAGGAAAAUUCAGAUUCCCCCACUGGGUAUUUUAAAUAUAAUUUCCUAUAGUGAUCUUUAUUUGCUUAAUUGUUGUCUGUGUACAUUAUGCUUUACAAAUAAAGGCCUGAGAGCCCCCUUUCUCAGCAGGUUUGCAAUCUUAGACACAGGAAGGAAACAGAGGAAGAAGAGGAAAGUGAUGGAGGCAGAGAUUAUUGCAGUUACACAUACCCUCAGGAUCCCUUCCAACUCUAUGAUUCUAUGAAUGUACUGUAGAUAACCUAUUCACUGCAAGUCUAUAACAUCAUCAUCAUUAAUUUGCAUGCCACAUUUCCAUAAUCAAAAAGUUAAAUUUAAGUAACCGUGAACAACAAGCUACAUCACAUUACAGUGGUACCUCGGAUUUACAUAUGCUUCAGCUUACAUACACUUCAGGUUACAGACUCCGCUAACCUGUAAGUAGUACCUCAGGUUAAAAACUUUGCUUCAGGAUUAGAACAGAAAUUGUGCUCCAGCGGCACAGCAGCAGCAGGAGGCCCCAUUAGCUAAAGUGGUGCUUCAGGUUAAGAACAGUUUCAGGUUAAGAACGGACCUCCGGAACGAAUUAAGUACUUAACCUGAGGUACCACUGUAAUGAAAUUCAGCAAUCCCCUGAUCUAACAAUAAAAAUGCAAUAACGUGAUCUCCACAACUAAAAUUGGACUCCGCUAAAACACCUAAAUAACCCUUCACCUUGGUGGUCUCGAGUCUAGGCAUCAUGAAAGUCUUGAAAGACUUUCAACAGAAAAUUUGUCUCUGGCACCUACAACUGUAACAGCUUUGGCUAGCUUUAGGUGGUGCAUGAUGGGCACAGCUCUGAUCUCACAAAGAAGGGAAUGGCCAAGGGUCCCGGGAGGAAUGAAUGGUCGGCUGCCUGCCCACUCAGCAUCUUCCACCUGAGGCAACUACUUCACUCUGUCUAAUGGUGGGGCGGGGUCUGCAGGAAACUUUCAGAUGGCAGAAGGUGUGGAAAUGGAGGAGCAAGGGUGACGACUACAAAUGUGUCAGUAUAUAAGAGCAGAAAUAUGAAGGAGGCAUGGCUGUGGAGGGUUUUGAAGGCAAAGAGGAGAAACUUUGAGGUGAGAAAGGUGACAGUGUGGUCAGGAAGCCAUUUCCUUGCCUAGAAGAAGAAGAAGUGUUUGGAUUUGAUAUCCCGCUUUAUCACUACCCAAAGGAGUCUCAAAGCGGCUAACAUUCUCCUUUCCCUUCCUCCCCCACAACCAGUGGCGUAGCGUGGGUUGUCAGCACCCGGGGCAAGGCAAGUAAUUUGCGCCCCCUAACCCGUGGAUUUUAGUAGGGGCAGAGAGCUGCGAGCGCGAGCGCGCACCCCCCAGAUGUUGCGACCGGUGCGACCAGCCCCCCCUGCACCCCCCACGCUAUGCCACUGCCCACAACAAACGCUCUGUGAGGUGAGUGAGGCUGAGAGGCUCUCUCUCCAGCCUAGAGCUGGAGGCAUUAAAAACUUUUUACCUCUAACCAUUUUCCCCCCAACUGUGCAAUAGCAGUUUAUGUCUGCACUUGUUUUGGCUUUUGCAGCAUUGCCCCUGUUGUAGUAAACAUGGGGCUGUAUACUUCUGGCAAAAUUGGGCAUCUCAAAUUAUCUAUCUCUGAGCUACAUACACUGUGUGAGUUACAGAUUGCUCACCCUGAAUGCCUGAUAAAACCCACUUUAUAUUUUUUUUACUACAUUUAUACCCUGCCUUUCCUCCAUGGCAUAUGUGGUUCUCCCUCUCCUCAUUUCCUCUUCACAACUCUACAGCUAGGCCUGAGGGGUUGUGACCGGAACAAGGCCACUCAGUGAGAUUCAUGGCUGCAUGGGCAUUUGAACCCUGGCCUCCCAAAACCUAGUCCAACACUCUAACCACUGCAUCUUACUGGCUUCUUUUCUGAAGCUACCUGGAAUUGUACAAAGAGGAGAGUUGUUAAGCACCUGGUGGGCUAUAGCAUUUGGCUGGCAUGUGACAACCAGCCUAAAAACUGUGAGUUUGAUAAUGCUGUGAGUCAGGCGAUUAUUUGACCUUCGGCUUGGGAAUGCACAAAUGCCAAAGAGCCAGUUCUCCAGUUGAGCAGCCAAUUUUGCCUUCUAGUUUUUGGGGUUUUUUUUUAAAAAAAAGCUUCCUCUAACUUCAAUGUUUUCUAUUCUUUUUUUAAGCAGAGGAAAAUCAUGAAAACGUUUUUUCAUGCUAGGUUUGGAAAGUCUGUUUAUAUUUUGAUUAAUGCAAACUACGUUUUGGAGCCUGUGCUGCUGAACAAUGACCCUUUAAGUUGUGCUUUGCUGGCUUAUUUCUUCCUGGAAAAACAUUCUUCUUGGCAUUCCUCCCUUCGUCCACCACCAUGCAAACGCUGCUGUCAGAAGCCAGCACAUACCUUAUAGGUCUCACCAUUUAUUUCACAACCUGCCUUAAUUUGAGGUUUCACCCCCCCCCUUCUAAAAAAAAAAGGUUUUACAUACCUCUGUAUAUUCUGUGACACAAGAGAGCACUUGUAGCAGAAGUCCAUGAUUGAAUGCAGCUUCCUUUCCCUACUCUCUAUUCGGCUGGCUCAGUGAUUGUAUUUAAUGAAUGGAUCUCCUUAUAUAUUUCCUUAGUAGCUUUAUUUUUUAAAAAAAAAAUGUGGUCAGAAGUUGCCAGUACAGCAAGGAGGGAAUACUGGGUAAGGGAUAUGUGUAUUAUUCUGCACUGAAAAUUUGAAUUCCAGAUGUACUUCUUGUAUAAAUUUGCAGCAUUGCAGAUUAGACCAACAGAAAAUUCAUAUGAUGUUAAUGUGGCUACAAUUUUUCAAUUCUAUUCAAUAUCCAACCUCAGGAUUCAAGAAUAUUCAGCCUAAUUGUGUGGGGUUUUUUACUCAGAAGUAAGUUCCACUGUGUUCAAUUGGAUUUACUUAUGAGUAAAUGUGCAUAGGAAUGCAGCCCUGCAGCCCAAGUCUUUUUGCAUCUACUUAGAAGUACCAUUGAUGCCAAUGCACAUUAUUCUCUAAUAAAGAGCAAGCCUCAGAAACGCCUUAAGCAUCCUAGUGUUUAUGACUGCGAUCUUGUUUCCUCUCUUCAUUGGUUGGAAAGACACCCUUAGGUGUCUUUUCGGGAAUCAACUUGACUCGUUGCAAUUUUCUACCCUUUACCAGCAUUGUAAUCAUUAAAGAACAAUGGAAGACUCUUUCCUGCUGUAGCUUCCCGAGAAAUAAGAGGAUUCCCAAAGAAAAAUAGGAAUUUGUAGCUUACCUGUGUACAUAUAAAAUGUAGUAUUGCCCUUAUAAGUCUUUGUGACCCAUCAAGCUGAAUGGGAGGCUGCCAGAUGCUUAGCAAGCCUCUCCUUUUUGCAGUCAUACACAGGCAGCAACAAACAAACAGGAAGGGUUUUUUGGCCCCUGAUGGGCCACUGUACCUGGCAGGUGAGCUGCGUUUGGCUUGCUGGGUCACAGUGUGCAGGCCUACUUGAAAUAAAGUAGCUGUUGACAACCAUAGACUUAGGAAAAGUUCUGCUGGAUCCAGCCAAAGGCUCAUCUUGUCCAGCAUCUUGUUCUCACAGUGGCUCACUAAAUGCCUGUGGAAAGCCCACAGGCCGGACUUGAGUGCAGCAGCACUUUUCCCAGCUUGUGAUUCCAGCAACUGGUAUUCAGAGUGGGACACAGGCAUCAUGGCUAGUAGCCUUUGAUAGGCUACUUCUAUAAGUUCUUAGAAGUCAUAGAAUCAUAGAGUUGGAAGGUACCCAGAGGGGUCAUCUAGUCCAGUCUCCUGCAUGCAGGAAUCCCACCCACAGCCAUCCCUGGGUGGGCUCAAACCACCACCCUUCUGGUUAACAGCAAGACACACUGACCCAUUGUGCCACCAAAGUGUCAUACAGUGGUGCCCCACAAGACGAAUGCCUCGCAAGACGGAAAACUCGCUAGACGAAAGAGUUUUCCGUUUUGGAGGUGCCUCGCAAAACGAAUCUGCUAUGGGCUUGCUUCGCAAGACGAAAAUGUCUUGCGAGUUCCUGGGUUUUUUUUUCCUUUCCCCCCUCUUUUUCUAAGUCGCUAAGCCGCUUAUCUGCUUAUCCGAUAAGCUGAUAAGCUGCUAAAAGCCGCUAAAAGCCGCUAAAAGCCGCUAAUAGCGCUAAUAGCGCUAAUCCGCUAAUCCCAUCAAUGGGCUUGCUUUGCAAGACGAAAAAACCGCUAGACGAAGAGACUCCCAGAACGGAUUCUUUUCGUCUUGCGAGGCACCACUGUACUUCAGUUGACAACUUCUAAGGUCUCAUAUAGAAGAUGCACACUGGCGAGGUGGGCGUGGUCUUGUAAAUUGGAAGAUUUAGUACUGUCCCAGUGCUUGACAGUCAAAUGCAGCUUUCAUAAUCCUAGCAAAAAGCUCCAGUUAGCUUAAUUAUAGCCUCAAUAAUUUUAUGAGGAUGAACAGAAAACAGUAAAUGGCUCCCUCUUGAUUGUAUUUGCAGUGACUGUGGCUGAAAGGCACUCACUGGAACUGGUGAAUAUAUCAUUUCAGUAAAUGAUACUAUUUUUCUUUCUUCCUCUGCUCCUUUUCCAGGUGAUUUAGUGUCACGAGCAAUGCACCAUAUGCAGUGUUUAAACACGCUCCGCCCUGGCAUGAGUCCUGUACGACAAAACAGGCAGCAGCAGCAACCUAUCUCCUGGUCCCCUGAUGCCCUCCACACCCUUUAUUAUUUUUUACGCUGCCCUCAGAUGGAGUCUAUGGAGAACCCCAACCUGGAUCCGCCAAGGAUGGCCUUGAAUAAUGAACGGUAG